UGUUUAACUUGGAAAACAGGCGAGUUUCGUUAAAGUCAAAACAAGCAGAAAGUGACUAAAGUUAAAGUUAAAGACACUAAUCUAAUGACUAAAGUCAUAAUAAAAGAAUUUAAGAAAUGAUGAUAUACCCAUAGAGUCUAGAUCUAGCUAGAUCUAAUAAAUUAUCGGGUCCAUUUCAUUAUUUCAAAUUCAAUUUUCCUACAUUUCAUUUAAAAAUUAUCUAGACUCUAUAUUUCAAAAUUAUUUGUCACAAAUUUGUGAAUGGAGAUAAGAUAAACUUAUAAACUUUUGUAUUAAAUUAAUAAUAAUAUCGAAAAGCCAGACUAGUGAACUGUCACUGUCUAACUAAGUGACAGUAAGUCUAGUGCCUGUCUUCUAAAGAAUAAAUUAUUUUCAUGAUUCUUAUCGUAGUCUAUGAAUCGGUUGUUUACGUAUUUCUUUGAAACCAUGUCCUUGUCCAAGUCUGGACAAUUUUUUUAUGCUGUGAAACGAGGUAGGGUUCCUGGUGUCUAUUUGUCAUGGCCUGAGUGUGAAAAACAAAUUAAAGGAUUUCCUAACCCUGUUUUCAAAAAAUUCCCCUCAAAGGAAGACUGCUAUAAAUUUAUUGGAGGUGAAAAUGCAUCUUCAGCUUUUUCCAAGAGCUCAGACUUUAACCCGUUGGCUAACUUAUGUUCUAAAACUCCAGAAAAAUCAUCACAAUCUUCCUCAGAUACAGAGUCAACACCACAAUCAUUAGCCUACUCAGUGCAGUUGUUAAAUAAAAAUAUGAAAUAUGUUUUGGAAAGUAUAGAGACUUUAAAAACAGGUCUGCUAGAAGUGAGGACAACAUUAUCUAGAUUGGAGAAUAGUUUUUAUACUGCACCUGGUUCUAAACGUAGUUACUCAACAUUGGAUUUGUCUCAUGAAUCUCCUUGUAAAGUUGCCAAAGUGGAAAACAAAAUGUCUGAUUUUACAGGGUCAAAGUUUAGUGACAGUGAAGGUGUUGAAGUGUAUACAGAUGGUGGCUGCUUUUCUAAUGGUCGUUCAGAUGCCAGAGCUGGGAUAGGAGUUUAUUGGGCACCUAACGAUCCUGAUAAUAUCAGUGAACCGCUUCAGGGAAAGCCCACUAACAACCGGGCUGAAAUAUAUGCUGCACUACGUGCUAUACAAAUUGCCAAGAAGAAAGGGAUUCCAAAUUUGAUUCUCCACACAGACAGUCAAUUUCUUAUUAAUGGUAUCACAAAGUGGAUAAAAGGCUGGAAAAAGAAACAAUGGAUUAAUUCAACGGGUAAUCCAGUGAUAAAUAAAGAUGAUUUUGAAGCCUUGGAUGAAGAGCUAAAAGGAAUUAAUGUAAAAUGGGUUUAUGUCAGAGGUCACAAUGGAAACGCCUCCAAUGAAGCAGCAGACAGGCUAGCUAAAAGCGGUGCUGAAAAAUAUGGGCUACAAUGUUAAGCACAUUAGGAAUACACUUGAUAGGUCAUCUGUACAUACUUGUUUGAUGGAGUUGUUAGUAUUACAAAUUGUAUAACAGCUUUGGAGUGAGCUGAUGUAACUUGUGAUGAAAAAAACAAACAACAAAUAAAGAAAAUCAUUUAACAUUGUUAUACAA